AUGGCGGAUCCUUUCGAGGUUCGCAUGCGCUUCACCAAGCAGUUACAACAGCUUAAUGCUUCUGUUACCGCGACCCAGAAGGCUGCACAAUAUGCCCUUAAAUACAAGGACAUGGAUGAGGAUCUCCACUCAUGCAUCGUGGAACAGCUUGAACAGAAUCGGAAUAUGAAUACCCGUGCAAACAUCAUGUAUUUCAUCGAGCAGUUUCUUCAGUUGGCUAGUAAGGAUGGCCAUGUGAACUAUGUUCGAAUGAUGCAGCGAGACAUCAUUAGAGUUGUUGAUGCUGUAGCCCCGGAUGAUGGAACCGGAUCUGCAAACGUCAAAGUGGUCAGGAAGGUAUUACAAGGACUCUGCAACAAAGGGUUCUUCCAACAAGAUCUGGUAUUGGAAAUAGAAGAGUGCCUCAAGGACAGAGUCACGAAAGACUUUUCACUGGAGUCCCCUGUCGCUAGUGACAGCCAGGCCGGUCGUCCAGCACCCAAGCACUCCACUUUCGAGGACGUCCGUCAGAUCGACCGCCGUAUAGAGGAGGACCGAGAGCGCCACAAGAGGCUUCGGGAGACAAUGUGGGCAGUUCCGGCUGGCCCUACCGACAAGCCUGAGUGGGAGAAGUUGUGGGAAGAAACGAGUGACUGGGGAUCCGACGAUGAUCUCAUGGCAAAAGAAGAGCGCGAGAUGAAAGAAAGGGAAUGGUCGUCGUAUUGUACCCACUAUAACGGCUAA